CACACAGCACGGAUGGAGCACGCCACAGUAAAACGGUCUAUCCACUGAACCAAACAAACCCUAGUACUACCCAUCCAACCAACACCCCGCCGCCGCCGCCGCCGCCGCCCGACAAGGCACUGCCGCCGACGAAUCCCCUCCUUCUCCAGCGUUACCCCUGCUAGCCCUGGCCACCGCUCCACACCACAUAAUCCCAGGCCCACCGCCCGCCUCUCUGUUCCGGCCGCUGCCGGCGGCAGAGGCGGAGGCGGCUGCACGAAGCCCCGUCUCGCCGCCGUUGGUCGCCGAAGCGGUCAUCCAGCUACAGGCGUCCCGCGGGUACUUUUCCUCUUCCAUCUUUCAGAAUCGGAACCCAGCUUGUACAAGACAAGAGAGAGGAGCCAACAACACUCGGACUCGGAGUUGUUGCAUCUACGGUGGUAGUACCAGUUCGAUUCAAAGUCUGAACCGACAAGGAUGCAAUGAAGAAUUCGGUGUUUGGACUCGGAUUGUCAAAACCUGCUCGAAUUGGUAUUGAGGCCUCCCCAUAAGUACCCAGGCCCUCCGACCUCAGAGUACCAAUCAAAGGUUCUUCCAACUUCAGCUAGGUGGGGAUCAGAUAUAUUCAGAUCAGAGGUUGCAGCUUUCCAAGCACCGCUGAAGCAAUUCAUCUUUCGUACAUACAUAGGUGGGGAUCAAAGUUUUGCUUCAAAAAAUGGAGGCUUGUAGCUUAGCCAGGACAACUGGCUUAUGGAGUUUACCCAUACACCCAAGGAUGUUCUUCUCAACGGUCUUCAGAGUCUUACCCAAGCUGCUAGGUCUGCCCCCCAGUUUAAUGAAGAAAUUCCUCAAGAUCAAACAUGAACAUAUUCAUCCACCACACAUGGAGAUUGAAGUAGGUGGAUCGCCGGAGCUGCCGCACGAACUCCUCGUGGAUAUAUUUGCCCUUCUAGAGAUUCCUGACCUGAAGCGUGCCAGCUCCGUCUGCUCCUCCUGGCGCUCCGCUUAUACUAGCCUAUGCAACCUUGGGUUGUACAAGCGGCCCCAGACGCCGUGCCUCCUCUACACCUCUGAAUCUGCUGGUGAGAGUGUUGCGUUCCUCUACAGCCUUGCAGAGAAGAGGUCAUACAAGUUGACUCUCCCGGAUCCACCUAUGCACACUAGGUAUCUGAUCGGCUCCACAAAUGGCUGGCUGGUUACUGCUGAUGAGAGGUCUGAGAUGCAUCUUCUAAAUCCAAUCACCUGUCAACAGAUCGCUCUCCCGUCGGUGAUCACCAUCGAGCAUGUGACUCCAAUUUUUGAUGAAGCAGGUGCCUUAUCUAAGUACCAUUACUCGCGGCACACGGGAUCUCCACGGCUCAGUAGGUUCUGUACUGACCAACCUUCAAUCCUUGCUCUUGCUGAGCUACGGAGCUACCUCCAUGAAAAGGCAUUUGUAUUUUAUGAUGCAUAUGCAGGUGGACAUAUCGUGGUGCUUAUCCACAGUCCAGACGGGCAGCUUUCGUUUGCUAGGUUAGGGGAUGACAAGUGGACCUGGCUGUCACAACACUCUUUUUUUCAUGAUUGCAUCUACAAGGAUGGCCUAUUAUAUGCAGUGACAUCUCAAGGGAAAAUUCUCGCCUUCAAUCUCAGAGGCCCUGUGGUCACAACAGAGUUAAUCAUGGACAUUACAAAAGACUUUGCAUAUGAGAAUAUUUAUAUUGCCCAGGCUCCAUGUGGCGGUCUACUUCAAGUCUGGAGAACCCAAGAGGAUAGUGAGUAUGUUGAAGAUGCUGACCCUGCAACAUAUCUGACUAAUACCGCAAAUAUCAAGAUAUUUAAAGUUGACACCAUGGCUGAAAAGCUUGUGGGAAUAGAUAGCUUGGAUGAUCAUGUGUUGCUUCUUGGGCUCAACCAAACACUUUAUCUAAGUGUUGAAGAGUAUCCACAUCUGAAAGCAAACCAUGUCUAUUUUACAGAUGAUUGCGAACUGUAUCUUUUUGGAUGGAAGAAUAACCGUCGUGAUAUCGGAAUCUAUGACUUGGCAAAUAAUACUUGUGAGGAACUUGUGUCCCCUCAGCUUUGGCCCAACUGGCCUAAUCCCAUAUGGAUAACACCAAGUCUUACAAGACUGUAACCCAGCGACGGGCAAUCUAUGAACUUUCCUUCGUUAGAUCCUUAAUGGAGUGACUCAAUACCAGUUUCAUGUUUGGAUUCUUGUAACGGGGCGUGCCUGCGAGCCGCUUAUAUUUUCUUAUUUUAUAUUAUAUGUGCCUACCUGAUCUGUAGGGGCAUUGUAAUCUGUUAAGCACAGGAUGUGUCUGUCCCUCUGUUGAAACUGAGAAGUCAUGUUGUAGCAUUAUUUUUUCCCCUAUGCAAAAUUCUUUGUAUUUCCUUCCAAUAUAAGAAAGUACAUAUUAGUCUUUG